AUGCCUCAAGAAUUGAUGCCUCAUGAAGUGGAACAGAUGAAUAAAGCGAUCAUGAGAUUUGACCCAAAUAAUAGUGGUUUCAUUCAAACGAGUAGUUUGGGAAAUUUGAUGCGCUGGUUAAAAAUGAUUCCAUCAGAAUCCGAAGUUGCUCAGCUCGCCGCUCGAUUAGACCCCGAAAAAACUGGUCGCAUUAAACGGAAGUUAAUUGUGCCAGCUCUUAGCGAGACUUGGAUUUCCAUUCCUCAAGAAUUUGAGGCGAAAUUAUGGGAAGCAUUUUUAGUUUUUGAUAAACAAGACAAAGGUGUUUUGUCCGAAGAUUUAAUGCGAGAUAUUCUGACAAAAAUCGGCUUAGAACCAGUGCCUGAGAAAGAGGUAAAAAAGAUUCUCCGUGAUUUCACAAAUCCCAAAACUGGGAUGAUUGAAUACGGUGUCCUCAUUCGACACUGGCAAGAGUAG